UUUUAUUAAGUCACUUAUUAUGCCGCUGCCUCGAAUAUUUUUUGGGAAUUAUGACGUCAAACUAGAACGACCAUUAACUUUAGUUAACAAAGGAUACACUGCUGACAUGGUUAUACCGGAAACUGUAAACGGUCAGAAACCUUUUAUUACUGGGGGUCUUCUUAAAGGUGAAUAUGUAGCUGAAGGUAUACAUUUCCAUUGGGGUUCCCCCGUGUCAACAGGAGCAGAGCAUACAAUAAAUAGAAGACGUUUUGACAUUGAGAUGCAUAUUGUACAUCGUAAUAGGCGUUACAGCGAUGUAACAGAAGCCUUAAACCAUCCUGAUGGUAUUGCCGUACUUGGUGUAAUGUUUAAGGUCAAAGAGCGUCCAAAUCGAAUUUUUCCUGGAUUGAAAAAACUUUUUGGUGUGCUUCCAAAUGUUGUUGAUUACAAUUCCGCAUCGGAGCUACCGGGCUCAAUCACGCUGGGCCAAUUGCUCGGGGAUUUAAACACACGAGAAUAUUACACCUAUAAAGGAUCAUUGACAACGCCGCAGUGUAACGAGGCUGUUACGUGGACAGUGUUUUCAAACCCCCUCCCCAUAUCCUACGCAGAUGCAUCCAAGUUGUGGCAGCUACUGGAUUCCAAUGGAAACUUUAUAGGCAACAACUACCGUGAAGUUCAACGCCGUAACAAUCGUCCUGUGUUUUAUCGCACCAGUAAAAACUAUAUCUACGGUUAGAAAAAACAAGCUCUCAUUUUAAAUUAUUAUUUAUGAAUGUUUAUUUGUUGCAAAAUAA